AUGGAUGCGACUGUCUGGAGUUAUAUAUUUGGUCUCUUCGUGUUCGCUUGUCGGGUAAAACUGACUCGAUCAACAGUUUUAGAAUCAAUAUAUUGGAAUACUUCCAACACCAAGUUUGUCCCAGGAAGAGGUGUAGUAUUAUACCCUCAGAUCGGAGACAAAAUGGACAUUGUGUGUCCAAGAAUCAAGCCAGGCUCCACUGAGCAGACGAACAUUGAAUACUUCCGGGUCUAUCUUGUUCCCAAAGAACAACUCGAGACCUGCCAUGUUACUAAAAGCGACAUGUUACUGCUCAACUGUGACAAGCCGGACCAGGACGUCAAAUUCACCUUCAAGUUUCAAGAGUUCAGCCCCAACCUGUGGGGCCUGGAGUUCUUAAGAGGGAAGGACUAUCACAUCAUCUCCACCUCUAACAGCACUUUUGAAGGACUGGACAACCACCAUGGUGGCGUUUGCAGGAGCAAAUCCAUGAAGCUGGUUUUGCGGGUUGGCCAGAGUCCUACAGAUUCAUUCUCAGCGAAAAACCAUCCCACAAGAAAUCCUCCAAAAUACCCUGAAAAUAAGGACCAAAAUACCUUCAGCAAAGAAAAUGAUGUCAGUCAGAUUGACUCCAUGCAGAACGGAGAAUCCGGAGGGAAGAGUGGCGAGUCUGUGGGAUCUGCUGGGUCUGAUGUGGCCCUGUUUGCAGGCGUCGCAUCCGGGGCUGUGAUCUUCAUCCUCAUCAUCAUCGCACUUGUAGCACUUCUGCAUCGGCGUCAUCAGAAGCACUCGGCGCAGUGCUCCGGACAGCUGCCCUUAAACACGCUGCCCAAACGUGGCAGUGGUGCCAGUGGCGGCAGCAACAACAACGGCUCCGAGCCCAGCGACAUCAUCUUUCCUAUCCGGACCUCAGGAAGCAUGUACUGCCCGCAUUACGAGAAGGUUAGCGGAGACUACGGACACCCCGUGUACAUCGUCCAAGAAAUGCCACCGCAGAAUCCGGCAAAUAUUUACUACAAGGUUUGA